UUAAACGCGGGCUGGGCGCAGGCUAGAGGCGGGCGCGGGGAUCGCCAGGCGCCUGCGCAGGCAGCCGCCAGGUGGGCAGGUACCUGGGCGGGGCGCGCCGUGGUUGGCGGCGGCGGGGGCCGAGCACUCGGAAGAGCCAGCGACUCAGCCAGAGCAACAGGCGGCCGGCCGGGGGCUGGAGCCGGGGUGGACCGGGCCCGCCAUGGACAAGCUGAAGAAGGUGCUGAGCGGGCAGGACACCGAGGACCGGGGCGGCCUGUCCGAGGUUGUGGAGGCAACUUCAUUAAGCUCGGGCACCAGAAUAAAAGGCUUCAUUGCCUGUUUUGCUGCAGGACUUCUCUGCUCGCUGCUGGGAACUCUUCUGCUCUGGGUGCCCAGGAAGGGACUAUACCUCUUCGCAGUGUUUUACACCUUUGGUAACAUCGCAUCUCUUGGGAGCACUGUCUUCCUCAUGGGACCAGUGAAGCAGUUGAAGCGAAUGACAGAGCCUACACGUUUGAUUGCAACCAUCAUGGUGCUGUUGUGCAUUGUGCUUACCCUGUGUUCUGCCUUUUGGUGGCACAACAGAGGGCUUGCUCUCAUCUUCUGCAUUUUGCAGUCUCUGGCCCUGACGUGGUAUAGCCUUUCCUACAUACCAUUCGCAAGGGAUGCUGUGAAGAAGUGUUUUGCUGUAUGUCUUGCAUAACAUACGGCCGGUUUUGCAAAGCUUUGGAAGGCAUGGUGGAUGGAAGCUCGUGGACCGUGUUGUAAAUAUCUUCUAAAUCUCUGUCUCACAGACAUGUGCCUUUGAUCUUGCAGCGACAUGCUGCUUGCAUUCUGAACACCUGAGGGUUGCUUUUGGAGGCAACGGCGUGUUCCCAAACCCAAAUGUCUGUAGCACAAUAUGAGAGGUGGGUUCUGUAUCUGAUGGAGUGGAAUCUUCCUCAGGCGCCUUUGCAUGGGGUUCCACUGAGUUCUCGUAAAUAAAAACCUUGUUCAGCAGCAGCAGAUAAGCUUUGGGAGCCAGUGAUUCCCAGCUGGCAACAGGCCGCCCUGUUGGAGUCUCAGAGGUGCAACAGGAAGGGAUAGAGUUUGGGGGUCUACAGGGACUUCGUAGAUUCAUUCCUCAGCGUGGCAUCCGUCACCCCUGCCCCACACAGUGUGGACACGCUUCUACUCUGGUGUCUGGGAACAAGUGCUUCUGUCCACCUGACAGCAGCACACGAGCCCGUGGAGAGUCUGGCCGUGGACUGAAGUAGAAAAGGAGCACCUUUUGGUGAUGUGUGUUGUUUUUAGACCUGAGCCGUGGCUCUUUUGCUGUCCUGAUUCCACACCUGCCCAUAGAAUGCAUUUUCUAACCUUCAGUGCACCCUUUUUUUCUCUUGGGUUUUUCUUUCUCCCCGCCACGUAUCUUUACUCUUGACCUCUUGGAACGAGAUUGAGAGAGAACAAAGCAGCAGCAGCAAACACUACUGCUUCCUUUUGGACGAGACCUGGUAGGAGGUGAAAAAUCUUGCUGCUCUCUGCUGUAUUUUUUCCCCCAUUAUUUAUAAAUGUUUGCUUUUAAACUGAUGUUGUUUUCCAUUCUCCCCUAGAACGGGGCCAGGGGAGAGUAGGUGGGAAGACAGACCCCCACUGUGGAGCCAGCAGGAAGUAGGCACGCCUGCCCAGUGACCUUUAAACAGUCCAGCGUUUGCAGUGGAGCCUGUGCUGGAAACAGGGGGAGAAGACACCAGGGGCUGUGGGGUGGCCGUAUUGCAGCUUGAUGUCUGGCCACAGACAAAGUGCUUUCAUGUCCCUGAUCUUGUCUAGUCCUCGUAAGGGCCUUGUGAUGAAGCAGGGAUUGUUAUCCCACUAGGCAAGUCAAGGAAAUCAAGGCUCAGAGAAGUUACGAGAUCCGCCCAAAACCACAGUCGAU